GAGCUCAUACUGAAAGGAGGAGGGGUUCAACGUCUUGCUAAGCUAUGACCGUCCACACUCUCUCUCCUAUCUACCGCUCCAGUUAGACCAUCGUCACCUACAGCCCCUUUCCUUUCGCCGUCAGAAACCCUAUUGCAGCGGCAGCAGUAUUCCUAAGCUCAGAGGCACCGCAGAGACAACGAACUCGGGAUCUCCAUUAUUUCCAACCUACUGCAACCUCAAAGUAAGUUUGUGAAGGUCUUUUGUACCUUGUCUCUAGGGUCAUUCUUCUCCUUGCCUUCGAGUUUCAACUGAGACCGCCAUGAUGACAGGGACAUGUGCGAAGCAGAGACCAUUGGUAUCUUUUCUUGCUACCGGUGUAGUAUUCUUGGGGACUAUUCGAAUCAUUGUCAUAGCUAGGACUUGAAGAACGAUUCAAAUAAACAAGUGUUCGAAUACCACUGGCACGACUACUGGAGGGUUUCGAGGGUUUCAUGUCUCGGGAAGACAUGGAUACCCUUGAUUGAAAAUCGGUGGGAACCAACGGCGAGGGAGAAGGAGAUCGAGAGAGAUGGAGUUGAGAUAUUCGAUUUUUUUGUCAUUGUGGAGUUGCAGCAAAAGAUUGCCAUUAAUGAGGUAGUUGAUUAAUGGAGUUGUAGUGAUUAAUGGGGUAUUUGAUGUUAUCGAAGCUGCUGCUGUUGUUGGUGGUAUCUAAGUAGAGACUAUUUGUUGGAUUUAGGCAUAUCUAAAUGGCUGACCGCCAUUAUGAAGCAUAUGCUAUUUUUGUCGAUGGUCUCUAAGUACCUGUUGGAUAUAGGGAAAGGCAGGACUUUCCACGGUUUCAUCUCCGAAUGACAGACCGCCAUGAUGAACAAGAAACAAGAAAAGGGGAGGGGGGAGAGUACAGGUCUUUUAUCGCAACUGUUCUCUUUUCUUCUCUUGAAAAUAGCUGUUAUUGGGUGAAAUGGGAAACAUAUUCUUCUCUUAUUUUAAAGUCUAAGAUUCUUCUCUUUUUAAACAUAGUCUGUUUAAAAAGUAUUAAUUUUUAAACAGUAAGAAUACAUUUACUCAGCUAAACUAUAAGGGUAAUUUAAAAACUUUAUCCUCUAUUUUUUCUUUCGGUCUUUCUCGCUUCUCGGAGAAACGCUUCCGGUGUCAUCCCGAAAUGCGCGGGGCUAUCGCCGAUGGAGCGGACGAACCGACGAACGAGAAGUUUUGUUUUGUUUGGGAAGAGUUUCAAGAACGUUCGAGGUUUGAGAGUGCCAACUGCUAACUGCCAAGUAAUAGCAAUGAACGAUUCAGUGAAAGUUUUGUUUGGGGAGAAGGAGUUUAUAGCAAUGAACGAUCCAGUAGCGCGUGACCUAUUAUAUUAAAAUGCUAAUGACGUUUUAUCUUCGUGGACGGUGGACCCCGACUUAUUCAUGAAGGAUUAAAGUCACAUCGGCAUGCAAGCUCCAAUUUGUGGCCUUGUAGCGUGGACGGUCUUGAUUGUCCGCAUCAUCCCUCGACAUGGUUAAAAUGGAGGCUCAUGUGUAUGUUAAACCCCACUGGAUCACGACAAACUACUAAUACAUGAACCGGUCGGUAGAUCUAGAUGCACCCGUGGGACUGUGGGAGAGGUGAAAUAGCAAAUAGCUCGUUAGAAGAGAGCGCAAGGCAGCUACUGUUUCUACUUUCGUUCAGAGAUUGUGUGUGGGAGAGAGGGAGAGAGAGAGAGAUGGAUCGGAAGAGAGUUUUAGUGGUGGGAGGAACAGGAUAUUUGGGCCAACAUCUGUUGCAGGGAUUUCUAGAGAUGGAGGGAAAGCCAUACGAUGUUGCAUUCACCCACCACUCCAGUCCUCCUCAGAAGUUGCUUGACGCAGUUUCUCCUUGUCCUGCUUUCCCUGUCGAUCUGCAGACAGGACAAGGCUUCGAUACCAUCUCCGCUACAUUUGGUCAGCCUGAUGUGGUUAUUAAUUGCGCUGCACUUUCCAUACCCCGUGCUUGUGAAACGGAUCCCGACGCUGCUAUGGCUACCAAUGUACCUUCUUCUCUGGUAAAAUGGUUGUCAAGCACUGGUAAUGGCAGUACUCUUCUGAUUCACCUUUCGACUGAUCAAGUUUAUGAAGGAGAAAAAUCCUUUUACAAGGAAGAUGAUGAAACUAUUCCUGUAAAUGUCUAUGGAAAGUCAAAAGUAGCAGCAGAGCAGUUUAUUCAAUCCAACUGCUCAAACUUUGCAAUUUUGAGAAGCAGUAUCAUAUAUGGGCCACAGACAAUUUCCCCUGUUACAAAGUCUCUUCCCAUUCAGUGGAUUGACAGUGUCCUCUCUAGGGGAGACAAAGUGGAGUUCUUUCAUGAUGAGUUCCGCUGCCCUGUUUAUGUCAAUGAUGUAGUGGCUACCAUACUGACUUUGACAAAGAACUGGACCACAGAUGGUAGGCAAAUACAAUUAGUUUUGAAUGUUGGUGGACCAGAUAGGGUAUCACGUUUUCAAAUGGCUGAGACAGUAGCGGCUGUUAGAGGAUAUGAUAUCUCUUUAAUCAAAGCUGUAUCUUCUUCAUCGGUAAACCGUGGUGUGAGGUCCCCAGCUGACAUAUCUAUGGAUAUUAGUAGAUUGGUUCAGACGCUUAAUAUUACUCCUAUUCCAUUCAUUGAUGGUGUAAAAUUAACUCUUGGACCUGCAGCUGGUUCUUGACAUUAUGAGAAAAUGACAUGUAAAUUGAUCUUCUUUCUUUCUCUCUUCCAUAAUUCCUUUGCUACCAAAAGGGGCUACAUCACCACUAGCCUACAAUAUCAGUGUACCAAAAAAUACUGAAUGAUUAAACUUAUGCUUUUCUGGAAAA